AUGCCGAGGAGUGUUUCUGUGAGACCACCAGCUAAGACCGAUUUCGGUCGGGAGGUCGCCAGGAGCUGCAGCCGACGCUUACUAAGAACCCUCAUCAACGAAUGUCAUAUUCGCCUGGGAAAGUACGGCAGAGAAAUCGAAAGGGAGAAAGCAGCAUGUGCAUCACACCUGGAGGAUCAAACACUACAAAACCUGGAGAGCUGGAUCUCGAUAAAGGUGAACGUAGAGCGAGGGAAGAAGAGGGUCCAACUCCUGAACAAAAUGCGUACCCUACAGCAGGCAGAUGCAGCUAUGUCAGAACCACCGUCCGUCCACAACCUCUCAUCCAAACAGCUGACAGACGACCAGAUUAAAGUGCUUCAGCACGAAUCUGGAUACAACACAGGUGACGCGCAGCCACUGGAUUUUAUUGCGGCAUUGGAAGCGACACUCGCAAAGACAGAUACCACAGAAGACUCCAAGAAAUCCAUUCGCCAGCGAGUCUCAUCGCUCAUCAUAUCCCACAAGCCACGUCGGACCAUCUCCUCGGUCGAAUUAAAGGCUAUUAGGGAAUUAAAGAUGGACGAAGAAAUAGUCAUUGUUCCAGCGGACAAAGGACGGGCAACCGUGAUCUUGGACAGAUCAGAGUACGUCGCAAAAGCCCAGGAACUACUAGACGACAACCAGUCAUACAGAGUCGUCGACUCUGACCCCAUAAAAACACUGGUAGGCAAAAUUAACAAGGGCUUAAAUCAGAUGAGGAGCCAAAAGGCGAUAUCUGAAAACGAUUGGAGACAAAUGAGACCGCAAGAUGCCGCUCCAGCGCGUUUCUAUGGUUUGCCAAAAAUCCACAAGCCAAAUGUCCCCCUACGGCCCAUCGUAGCGCUGAAAGGCACACCUACCUACGGACUGGCUAAAUGGCUUACCAAGCACUUAAAGAAGCUGACGGAAGGAUCCCAACACACAGCCGCCUCCUCAACGCACUUCCUAGAAAAAGUCCGAGGCGUGACAAUAGCCCCCGAUGAGAUCAUGGUAUCCUUUGACGUCGUCUCUUUGUUCACCUCCAUCCCUAAGGAUUUGGCCAUGAGAGUCAUCAGUGAGCUACUGGAACGAAAGUACGACGAUGAAGAAAAACCGUUUAAAAGGAAGCACGCGAUGGAGUUACUGGACUACUGCUUAUGCACGUAUUUCACUUUUAACGGCCAUACUUAUGAGCAAAUCCAGGGAACCCCUAUGGGAUCCCCGAUCUCCGGCUACCUGGCUGAGGCGGUACUACAGGAACUGGAAACUCGUGUAUUUCGGUCCUACAAGCCAAAAUUCUGGAUGCGCUAUGUGGACGAUACCUUUGUCGUCCUACACCGAGAUGCGAAGGAGGCCUUCAGAGGAGAAUUAAACUCCAUCUUCCCACAAAUCCAAUUCACAAUGGAGGAAGAAAAGGACGGAACGCUCUCUUUCCUCGACGUGCGGGUAACGAGGCAGGAAGAUGGAACCCUCCAGACCGGUGUUUUCCGAAAAGCUACAAACACAGAGAAAAUACUCCACUACAACAGCAACCAUCCGCUGUCGCAUAAACGCAGUUGCUUCCGGACACAUUUCCGCCGCAUCAACACGCACUGCAGCACAGAGGCCGAGAAGCUACAAGAGCGUGCGUCCCUGUGGCACCUCUUCCUUGUCAAUGGAUACCCACGUAGCUUCGUAAACAAAUGUCUGUUCCGAAGACACACGAAGACUUACGGUGAGGCGAACCAAAAACCUGAGGUACUCCGUGUCUUGCCCUACACGAGGAACGUCUCUGAGGCCACUGAGCGUAUGCUUAGACCACUUAACGUGGGCGUUGGACACCGACCGGAAGCCACCAUCCGCCGAUUAGUCAUGCAGCCAAAGGGUAGGCUGCCCCCUGAGGACAUGUCCGGUGUCAUUUACCGCGUCAACUGCCUAGACUGUCAGGCCAACUAUUGCGGCAUGACAAACAAACGACUUAAAACGCGCAUACAUGAGCACACCUUAGCCGUCAAGCGGAAAGAUGCGCGCUCACACGUCGCCAUGCACAGUCUAGAAAAUGGCCACCGGUUUGACUUUGACGGCGCCCAAGUGCUCGGCCGAGCGGAAAACAGACUGGCGCGAGAAAUAAUCGAGGCCUGGAAAACAGACACCAACUCCAUCAACCGCUGCGUCGAACUACCGGCACCAUACGAGGCCGCCAAACACCACCUACGCACCAGGGGAGGCCCAAUGAGGAUAGAAGUUGACGGCCCUAUCAGGCGAGAGCGAGAGGGACCUAUUUAA